AUGGAACCGAGGUUGAAUCUGAAAGACGGUAAGAAAGUCUCCGGCGUUGAGUUUGAGCUGUUUAAUAACUCGGUGUAUGGUUUGUUGAAUGAGGUGGCGGUUAAGGCGGCGCAUUCGACGACGGCGAAGAAAUUUGCUACCGGAGAAGUGAGAAUUGCGAGAACGUCGUUGACAGUUUAUGGACUGGGGCAGUGUGUUACGGAUUUGACGAGUCCUCAGUAUGAGAUGUGUUUGGAAAUGGCGAUUAGGAGUUUGGCGGAGUGUUGCGGUGGUGAAGAGGGUGCAAGUGCUAUGCUUGCGUCGUGUGUCGUUAGAUAUGAACUCUAUCCAUUUUACAACGUAACUUCAUCUUCUUCAUCAGGUAAUUUAUCAUUUUAA